GAACCAUCCAUUUGUCUUAUCUCGGGCCAAGCACGGUGCCCGGGAGAGAUAGGUAUCUAAUGCUCGAGUGUUAAAAGGCAUCGCGGCGCGAACUCAAGUUCGACUUCUCCUUCAACUUCGCGGUCGGUCCGCUCCUUUGGGAAAAUUUCAUUUGCCUUCUUCCAUCCUUACGAUUGACAGCAGGUGUUCACCAUGAAGUUCGCGAAUCUUCUCAAGCGAAUUGAGCUUCCUGCAGGAUCGCAAUGGGUUAACGAUGACCUUCGUCCCAUAGAGUCCGCCCGCCGGACUUGGACAUUUUUGACCUUUCACAAUUUGUGGUUGCUCAUAAACUGCAACAUUGCCACCUUCUUGACGGGAAGUGCACUUAUCCCUCUGGGACUUACCUGGUGGCAAGCCAUCAUUGCAAUCGUGCUUGGAAAUAUUUUGGCGACAGUCGCACUUCUGUUGAGCUCUCUGGCUGGUGCACACUACCACAUCGGCUUUGCAGUCUUCAACAGGAGCGUAUGGGGCAUGUGGGGUUCUCAAUUUGCAAUAUGGAACAGGGUUUUCUUGGGAUUUGGUACGUAUGGCUUUCAGGCAUGGAUAGGAGGUGAAUGCGUCUACCUCAUACUUCUUUCUUUUGAUCCCAAAUAUGAAUCGCGCAUACCAAACACCAUCCCCGCAGAGACUGGCAUGACGUCCGCCCAAUUCGUCGCAUACGUCAUCUUCUCCCUUAUCAGCCUUCCUGCUCUUUGGAUACGUCCUCACCGUCUCGAGAAGUUCUUCAUUUUUGCCAGUGUCGUAACGCUAGUCUUCUUCCUCGUUCUUCUCAUCUGGGCACUGGCUACUAUGGGACCUGAAGGCUUUGGCGACACACUUCAAUCGAGCACGGGAUACACUGGGACAGGACCACAGAGCACCACUUGGCUUAUGAUAUAUGGAAUAAUGUCCACGAUUGGUUCCAUUGCUGCAGGCAUCAUGAACCAGAACGAUUAUGCACGUUUGGCAAGACGUCCCAGCCAUGCGAUCUGGGGUCAAGCCUUCGCUUUCCCUGGUUACGGCAUCUUUGCUUCGGUCCUUGGAAUUCUCGUCACGGCUGCAACCCAGAACCGUCUUGGAGAAGCAGUCUGGAACCCUCCUACUCUUUUCGUGCGGCUCCUAGAGCGAGACGAAAGUGCUGGGACCCGCGCCGCGCUUUUCUUCGCCGGUCUCGCACUCUGUAUCUCCCAGAUUGGAAGCAGUCUCCCAGGAAACGCUCUUGCUGGAGGUAUCGAUCUUGCGGCCAUCUUCCCGCGUUACAUAAACAUCAGAAGAGGCGCUUACAUUAUCGCCCUCAUCAGCCCUGUCGUCAACCCGUGGCGUCUUGUCAAUACCGCUACUACGUUUCUCACUGUGCUAUCGAGCUACAGUGUGUUCCUUGCGCCAAUGACGGGUAUCAUGGCUGCCAGCUAUCUCGUGGUCAACAAGCAGAAGCUGAACAUUGAUGAUUUAUACGUCGGCAGUGAGAGUAGCAUUUACUGGUACAGUCGAGGAAUCAACUGGCGUGCGCCAGUAGCAUGGAUCAUUGGUGCCGCUCCUUGCAUACCUGGCUUUGUAGCCGCCGUCAAUUUCUCUGUGGUCGUAUCUGAUGGUGCCACCGAGCUGUACUAUCUAAACUAUCUAUUCGGCUUUCUUGCAAGUGCUGUUGCGUUCAGCAUUCUGCAUUUCGUUUUCCCCGCGAAAAGAGUAGAUGAAUUCGUUCGCAGCGAUAUGAGUUCCAAGGGUCUUCGUAAAUUUUACGAGGAUCGUUGGGAGGUGAUUACGGUAGUUGGAGAGAGUACAGGAUCUGUGGAUAAUGCCUCUGAAUCCAUGGAAAGGUCUAAGGACAUGGAGUCUGCUACAAAGGCACUCUAGUGGGAUCAGGUGCUGGCGAUUAUUCUGAUUUGUAAUUACUGUUUGAUACUGCAGCGCGAUAUUUGUUUCUAAUUACUGCAUAUACAUAUGUUCCCUUACAUGCCUUGGAAGAAACCAUUGCU